UCUCCAAUUACUGCCCAAGAAACAACUGCCGUUGCCAUGGCAUUGGCUGCCUCCCUCUCCUACCCUCUGCUUCGCUCGUACUCGUCUCCUCGCCGCCGCCACCGCCGCAGUGCCGUGGCCGCCUCGCUGCGACCGGAGGAGGGUAUCGUCAUCGUGGGCGCGGGCGUGGCGGGUCUGGCCACGGCGCUCGCCCUGCGCCGGCUCGGCGUGGCGGCCGCCGUGCUGGAGCAGGGCGCGACCCUGCGCGCCGGCGGAACGUCCCUGACGCUGUUCAAGAACGGGUGGCGCGUGCUGGACUCCAUCGGCGUCGCCGACGAGCUCCGCGCCAAGUACCUCCGCAUCCAGGGGAUGAGGAUGCGAUCGCCGGCGGCGGGCGGGCGGGAUUUGCGCGAAUUCUCCUUCGAGGAAGAAGCUCCCGGACAGGAAGUGCGUGCGGUGGAGAGAAGAGUUCUUCUCGAGACGCUUGCUUCGAAGCUGCCACCAGGCACGAUAUCAUUCUCAUCGAAACUGAAAUCGAUUGCAGAGCAAGGUCCUGAUGGCACCCUGCUGGAACUCGAAGACGGGAGACAGGUUCUCGCAAAGAUCGUGAUCGGCUGCGACGGCGUGAACUCGCCGAUCGCGAGGUGGAUGGGCUUUUCGGAGCCCCGAUACGUCGGGCACAUGGCGUUCCGGGGACUCGCGGAGUACGCCGACGGCCAACCAUUUGAGCCCAAGGUGAACUACAUCUACGGCCGGGGGGUCCGUGCCGGCUUUGUCCCGGUAUCCCCUACCAAGGUCUAUUGGUUCAUCUGCUUCAAUAGACCAGAUCCAGGGCCAAAGGUCACCGACCCGGCAGCGCUCAAGAGCGAGGCGCUGGACCUCGUCCGCGGCUGGCCAUCCGACCUCCUCGCCGUCAUGCGAAGCACGCCCGAGGGCGCCGUCGUGAGGACGCCCCUCGUGGACAGGUGGCUCUGGCCGGGGCUGGCCCCGCGGGCGUCGAGGGGCAGCCGCGUGGUGCUGGCCGGCGACGCGUGGCACCCUAUGACGCCCAACCUCGGCCAGGGCGCGUGCUGCGCGCUCGAGGACGCCGUCGUCCUGGCGCGCCGCCUCGCCGCGGCCGCGGACGCGGACGCUGCCGGAGUCGAAGCGGCGAUGCGCGGGUACGAGGCGGAGCGGUGGGCGCGCGUGUUCCCGCUGACGGCGCGCGCGGGGCUCGUCGGCGCGCUGGUGCAGUGGGAGAACGCGGCGGUGUGCGCGGCGCGCGACGGCGUGGUGAUCCCGAGGCUCGUCAGGCUGGGGCCGUUCCUGGAGCACACCAACUUCGAGUGCGACCUGCUUGAACCGGCGGCAGCGGCGUCGCCAUGAUCGAAAGGCUGUGGGCGGGCGACUCCAUAGUCCUUAUAUUAUUUGCGAUCGUUUACGAUAAUUAGCCAGCACAAAUUGUUGUAUAAUGUACAUAUAUAUACGGCAUGCAUGGACUCCAUAAAAUUUAGACAUUGCGAAUUUAUUAUUA